AUGCCAAACCAACAGAAGAAAGUCAUUUUUUGCAUGGCCGGAGUGUUAAGCUUUGUGUGUGCCCUCGGAGUUGUGACAGCCCUGGGGACACCGUUGUGGAUCAAAGCCACCUUCCUCUGUAAAACGGGGGCUCUGCUCGUCAACGCCUCAGGACAAGAGCUGGACAAGUUCAUGGGCGAGAUGCAGUACGGGCUUUUCCACGGAGAGGGCAUGAGGCAGUGCGGGUUAGGAGCCAGGCCCUUUCGGUUCUCAUUUUUCCCAGAUUUGCUCAAAGUGAUCCCGGUGAGCAUCCAUGUCAAUGUCAUUCUCUUCUCCACGAUCUUUAUUGUCUUCACCAUGACGGGGACAGCCUUCUUCAUGUACAAUGCCUUUGGCAAGCCCUUUGAAACUCUGCAUGGUCCACUAGGGCUGUAUCUUUUGAGCUUCAUUUCAGGCUCCUGUGGCUGUCUUGUCAUGAUACUGUUUGCCUCCGAAGUGAAAAUCCACCACCUCUCAGAAAAAAUUGCAAAUUAUAAAGAAGGGACUUAUGCCUACAAAACGCAAAGUGAAAAGUAUACCACCUCCUUCUGGGUCCUUUUCAUUUGCUUUUUUGUUCAUUUUUUGAACGGGCUCCUAAUACGACUUGCUGGAUUUCAGUUCCCGUUUGCAAAAUCUAAAGACACAGAGACAACUAAUGUGGCUGCAGAUCUGAUGUACUGA